GUGAGAUCACAUUCGCCAAUUGUACGCACGCGAGGCCCCCAGACUCUCGGCUCGUUAGACACGUAGAUGUCCCGAAUAGGUGGACCUUCGCGCGACUGUUGUCGCCGUCUCACUGACGUGUAGCUCGCCGUCGGAUCUGUGUUGAUCUGUGUCCUGUGCGUCGUCGUGCGGUGCAACGUCGUGCGGUGCAACGUACAGCGCCUUCAAGAUGGACAACGCAAGCAGUGAAUCCAGCGACUCGUCGCCACAAGUCGAAAAGGGAUGGCCAGCUUUGAAACAGCAUAUUAUAGACAAUAAGAUUAAAUUUGGAUUGUGGGCCACCAGACUCUUCACCAUAUUAUUCACCAUUGGUUACAUCAUACCUAUAUUCGGGAAUCCCUACAAUAUAUAUUAUAAGGUAUUAAUGAAUAAUGCAGCGACAAGUGCGUUACGUCUGCACCAAAGAUUGCCCCGUGUUCAGCUCACGAGGCAAUUUUUAGAGACGCUGCUGUUGGAAGAUUCGUGCCACUACUUAUUUUACUCCUUGAUAUUUUUAUAUGCGGCGCCAGUUACAUUGGUGCUCACGCCAGUUUUUCUCUUUGCUCUGAUGCACCUGGCUAGUUAUUCUCUUACUUUGUUAGAUUGUCUGGGACAAAAUAGCUGGUGGGGCGCUCGUUUGUUGAUAUCUCUGGUGGAAUUUCAAUCGCGGAACAUCUUACGCCUGUGUGCUCUGUCGGAAAUCAUAAUCUUGCCAUUCACCGUUCUUCUAGUAUUCACGGGACGCGCCGGUUUGUUGACUCCCUUCAUCUAUUAUCACUUCUUAAAACUGCGUCUUGCAUCGCAGAGAAAUCCGUUCACGCGUAAUGUAUUUUAUGAGCUCAGAAAUGGAUUGAGCUCGGUGUCGAAAAAGCCGGCUGUUCCGGACAUCGUUCGGAGGAUGAUUGAAGGUCUGCUCUCUCUGACCCAGCAAAUGGCGCCAGUGCGUCAAUAAUGUCUGCGGUAUUAAAUAUCUUUGACUUUUUCUCAUAUUGUCUUUCAAAGACAGAUCUCCUAGGGUUCUAGGGUCCAUUCAGCGACACUUUCAUGAAUUAGUGUUAGCACAGAGUGAAUGCAGAGAUCAAAUUUCAUAGUGAAUGUUAUGUGAAUUAUAUGAUUUGAAAUAUGUGAAAACAAUCAAAGUGCACGAACGGUCUCUUAAUAAUUAUGCUCAUUUAUUACUAAAUAUUGAAUAAGAGUGCAAGAAUUUAUACUAAUUACGUAUAUAUAUGUAAUUAGUAUUAUAUCAUAAAAUCUAUAUCUUUAAAAGACAAUUUUCAUAUUUUGGUUAACAGAUUUCGAUUAGAUUCUAUUUCUCUGUCUUAAAUUUUAUUCUUAAAUAAUUUAAGAACAAAGAUAAUUAUGCAUACAUACUAACUUCAUUGUUUUAAAUGUAAUUUUGAGUCAUGAGUUUGUAACUAGUAGAUAAUGUUACAUUGCAAUUUAUUAACAAGUUUAGUGUUAAAUAUCAAUUCUAGUUUUGAUUGAUUUCACAUGGUUUUUCGGUAUUAGGGAAUGUGUAUAAUAUCUAGUAUAUAAGUUAUAAAGUUACAUUUCCAAACACAUGGAAUGGUUGAUCCACUACCUUUUGGGGAUAGGCUCUGGAAUAAGUUUAAUUUAAUACCUGUCAUAGUUUUGUUUUGUUAAUCUAGUGUAAUUUUGUCUAUCUUCUAUUGGAUAUUUAUCACGUUUAAAAAUAAUUUAGAACGGUUUUAUAAAAUGAAAAUAGUUAUGGAUAUACUGUAGUAAAUAUCUUGACAAGCAUUAAUAAAUCUUUUUAAAUAAAAUGUAAA